AUGGCUGCUACAGUGAACUUGGAGCUUGAUCCCAUUUUUUUGAAAGCCUUGGGCUUCUUGCAUUCGAAGAGUAAGGACUCUGCUGAAAAGCUGAAGGCCCUUCUUGAUGAGUCUUUGGCCAGAGGAACUGACUCAAGCUAUCGUCCCUCUCAGAAGGAAGUAGAGCAACCAAAAGUAUCUGUGACCAAACCUAUUUCCAGUAAGCAAGAGCCUAAAGCUUCUUCUAGUUUGCCUUCUGGCAACAAUAAUGGCAAGCCCACUACAUCAGAAAAGGUGAAAAAAGAAACAGAGAAGAGAUCUGCUGAUAAAAUAAAAGGGGAUACCGCUGAAGGAGCUGAUACACCAAAGAAGCCCAGGAUAGAGAAGCAAGAGGCUCGUUCCUCUCCUAUUACGGUUCAGACGAGCAAGGAUUUAUCCAUGCCUGAUUUAUCUAGCUUUGAGGAAACCAGUGCUGAUGACUUUGCUAUGGAGAUGGGAUUAGCCUGUGUUGUUUGCAGGCAAAUGACAGUUAUUUCUGGGAAUCAGCUAGUGGAGUGUCAGGAGUGCCAUAAUCUCUACCACCAGGAUUGCCAUAAACCUCAGGUGACAGACAAGGAAGUGAAUGAUCCUCGACUUGUAUGGUAUUGUGCCCGCUGUACCAGGCAGAUGAAGAGAAUG